AUGGCUCAACCACCGAAAAAAGCCAAAACAUCAUUGAAUUUGAAGCAAAAAGUGGAUAUACUGUCGAAGUUAGAUAAAGGUGUGAAUGGCACAAAAUUGGCAACGGAAUACGGCGUGACCAAGUCCACGAUUUCGUACAUCAAAUCGAAGAAAAGUGAGAUUCUAUCAUCGGUCACAAACACGAAUAAAGAUGCAGACCUGAAGCGAUUGCGUAAACCCGACUUCCCUGAAUUGGAAGAGAAAUUAUACGCAUGGUUUCGCGAUCAACGAGAGCGGAAUUGUCCGGUCAAUGGAGUGCUAUUAAAAGCAAAGGCAAAAGAUUUGUUCCCGAAGUUGUAUCCAGAUCGAGAUGCCGAAUCGUUCCAAGCAAGUGAUGGUUGGUUUCACAAAUUCAAGAAACGUGUCGGCAUUCGAUUCCUGAAAAUUUGCGGUGAGAAACUCGAUUGCGAUCACGAAGCUGUCCGACCUUUUCUCAAUCGAUUGAACGCCAAAAUUGAUGAAAUGCAGUUGACAAAGGAGCAAGUGUACAACGCUGACGAAACCGGCUUGUACUAUCGAUUGUUACCGGAAUACACCUAUGUGUCUGAGGAUGAAAAAGUAGCAGCGGGACACAAAAAGGCGAAAGAACGAGUUUCAAUUUUGUUAUGUUCAAAUGCCACGGGAACGCAUAAAGUAAAGCCAUUGGUGAUCGGAAAGGCGCGCAAACCUCGAUGCUUCAAAGGCUUCAAGAAUCCACUCGAUUACGACAACUCGAAAAGUGCAUGGAUGACACUGCCCAUUUUCACACAUUGGUUCAACACAUGUUUUGUGAAGCAGGUACGCAUAUUUUGCAACGAGAACAAUUUGCCGAAACAAGCUAUUUUGCUUGUGGACAACUGCACAGCCCAUGGAUCAUCAAUUGAGCCGCUUCAAAGUGACGAUCAACAAAUCAUUUGUUACUUUUUGCCGCCAAAUGUGACUGCAAUUUUGCAACCGAUGGACCAGGGUCCAAUCAAAAUCACAAAAUUGAAGUAUCGCAACUUGUUGCUGUGCAAAAUUAUCAGUGAAUUGGAGACAUUCGAUGGAACCAUUGUUGAUUUAUUGAAAAAACACACCAUCAAAGACGCGAUUGUUUUCCUGAAAAAGGCUUGGGAUGAAAUUUCAAAUUCUGUUCUGGUGACGUCGUGGAAUAACGUAUUGCGAUACGAUGACGACGAAUUCGAACCAGAAGAUUCGUUGCCGCUCUCUGAGCUGGUGGCAUAUUCAUCGCUAAUUCAAGAAACACAAGCACGUUUGAAACAGCUCAAUGCAAAUGUCAGCAUCACCGAUGCCGAAAUUGAACAGUGGAACAACGACAUAAUGAAUGAGAGUGAGGUCGAUCAUACUGUAACUUCAGGCGAACAAGACAUUGACGACGACGAUGAUGAUGAAGAAAGCGAUUGCGUUGCUGUUUCCGAGCCAAAAGUAACACACAGCGCUGCAUUAGACUGUGUUAAUCAGUUGUUGAAGUGGUGCAACGAAAACCAGUCGAACAAAUACGUAACGGAACUGUUGGAUUUGCGUACCGAAGUUGUUGACGCAGCAAAACAAAUGCCAAAAAAACAAACCCUCAUGCGCGAUUAUUUUGCAAACACAUCAAACACUUAA